GUCCAAUUAGGAGGAUAAAUUAUUCUUGGACUAAAACAGUAAAGAGUUGGGAGAAACACUUUAAUUAUUCUUGGGCUCUUCCCAAUUUGUUGACCUUUUGUUGUUUUUUUGUCUCUCAUUACUGGGUUAAGAGUUUGAUCGAGGAGGAGGGUUUGAGAAGAUGAUAGACUUUGCUCGGGUGCAAAAGGAGCUUCAAGAAUGUAGCAGAGAAAAAGACUCUUCGGGCAUUAGGGUCUCUCCAAAAUCAGACAAUCUUGCUCGCUUGACUGGCUUCAUCCCCGGCCCCCUUGGCACUCCCUAUGAAGGAGGCUCCUUUGAAAUCGAUAUCACAUUGCCUGAUGGGUAUCCGUUUGAGCCGCCCAAAAUGAAGUUUGUGACCAAAGUUUGGCACCCAAACAUUAGCAGUCAAAGUGGGGCGAUAUGCCUGGAUAUAUUGAAGGACCAGUGGAGCCCUGCACUAACUCUUAAGACAGCUCUUCUUUCUGUCCAAGCUUUGCUUUCUGCUCCUGAACCUGAUGAUCCUCAAGAUGCUGUAGUAGCUCAACAGUAUCUGAGAGAGUAUCAGACAUUUGUUGGUACGGCCCGUUACUGGACAGAAAGUUUUGCCAAGGCCUCUUCUUUAGGGGUUGAGGAAAAGGUGCAACGACUUGUGGAAAUGGGUUUUUCCGAUGGUUUGGUGAGAAGUACUCUAGAAGCUGUUGGCGGUGAUGAAAACCUGGCUCUUGAAAAGCUUUUAUCCAGCUGAUCUGUGCUGGAGCUGCCACUUGCUCUACUUCUUUAAGUUAAUUUUCACCUACCUGGUGAAUCUGAACACUAUACAAUGGCACAAAGAAUUAUAUCUGAAUAUAAGCAUUUUCAUUUACUCUUAAGUUAUGCUGGCUUUCUUGAAGAUUAUUUGUAUGCUAAGACCUUUUGAUUAAUUAAUUACUGAAUCUUGGAAAUAGGUAAAUUCCAAUGCUGAUUGAAGUUCAAUCAGAAACUUUUCUCCUAGUCUUUCCAUGAUUAUCUUUAAUCUAAAAACUGAGUCGGGAAAUUCUGUGGGAUUACCAAGUUUCCCAAAUCAGUUGUAUUUUGUUUUGUUUUUCAAGGUAGGUCCAAAAAGACGACGUUGCUUUGGACCUUAAGGAGGAAGUGAGAGACAGAAAGAGGGAAGGAAAGGGAGA